GUCGCAAGAUGGAUUUACCUUAUGGUGUGAACAGAUGUUACAUGUUCUCAACACAGCCAACAAUCUGGAUGUCCCUACAUUUGUCUCGUUUUUGAAAGAAGUUGACUCUCCUUAUGAAGUCCAUGAUUAUGUCCGAGCUUACCUUGGUGACACGCCAGAAACAAAGGAUUUUGCAAAGCAGUUUCUAGACCGACGUGCCAAACAGAAAGCUAGCCAACAACGCCAACAGCAACAGCAGCCAGUACGGCAGCAACAGGAUUCAGCAUGGGCUGAGAGUCAUACAGGUCUGCAGCCCAUCUAUUCAUCAAAUCACAGCAGAAAUCAACAGUCUAAUUUUGAAUCUGUGCAGUCUGGGAAAAAGAAGAAAAAACAGAAGAUGAUACGUGCUGAUCCCAGCAUUUUAGGUUUUUCUGUCAAUGCUUCAUCUGAGCGCCUGAACAUGGGAGAAAUUGAGACACUUGAUGACUACUGAACAUAAGAAAAUGCUUGAUUUAUUUAAAAAUGAGUUGUUAAUCAUGAAUUCUGAAUGCACCAACCAAUAUCAGUUAAUUAAAAAAAAACACAAAUCUAUCAACUUGAGUUCCUGUCUGUCUUUGGUACUUCAACACUUGUUUCUCAUGGCCCUUCCUUACAUAGUACAAUCAUGUUUCAAGUACAGAGCAGUCUCUUCAAAAGCCUUUGCACCAAUCUGCAUGGUUUCAAGCAUAGAAUCACAUUUUUCACAGUGUAAUAUUAAUGGUGCAAUUAAACAUAGUGCAUUUGUUCUAUAGAAAUGUGUUUCCUUAUCACUAUUAUUGGAUUUUAUUCAGAAUACAUGAUUAACUGGUCUAUUCAGUGUUGGUCACAUUAACAUCCAUUCUUUGAACAUUACAGAACAAUCAUGUCAGUAAUGUAUUUAUAAGCUAAUUCUAUAAUACACAUUGAAGUGCUUGCUUUAGUACUGAGGUGUAUUAAAAGUGGUUUGGAUAUUAUAAGGAUAUCCAUUCUGUUUCUGUAAGAAGUAACACCUAUUCUGUCUAGCCCAUUUUAAAGAGAUUUUAGACUAUGUUUUUGGCCUUGUACAGUCUUUUGAAAUUAAUAUAUUUGCGAUAUUCAAUACACUAUAGCCGUCUUAAAAUAUGCAGUUAAAAACAAUGAAAAAGUUGGUUGAAAUAUUUCCGGGAAUCCAGAAAUCACGGUAUUCUUCGUUAUACAGUUGCUGCAUGAAGGCUGCAAUGUGUAACUAGAGACAUCUAAAAAUUUCAGUUUACAAUACUGUUCAACAUGCAUGUGCAGGCCAAUGCCCAGGAAGGAGCUUCUUCUCUUCAAAGGGCUGUACCCACUUCUUGUUCAGGUUAUAUUUUAAAAUUGUUGGAACUCAAAUCUUUUACAGCAUCUUGGUCGAAUCAAAGUUUGUUUUGCAACAUAAAGAUGGCUAUGGAAAAAAAAAUGCUGCAGCUACUGUAUGCCACCAGUUAUAGUGCAACAUUGAAUUUGCAACUUAUUUACUGUAUUUAGGUGUACAGAAGAUUCCCUUUGAAAGGGAACUUGGGUAAUUGACCCUUUGGUGACUGAAGGACUCUUUUAGUUUCUGAGAAACAUGUUUUGAAUCACUUUUUUUUAAAAUAAGAUUCUGUAAAAACAUAAUGCUAAAUAUUAGACUGAGAAGAGUUAUAUACACAGAACAUGUCUCUAGUGUACAUUCGGAAUUAAAAUGCAGUGGAUCCUGCUUACUGUCACUGCUUUCUUCAUGUCACUUUUCUAAAGCCAAUAUUUUUAAUGGUUUUCCAAUUCUGUUCAAAUUAAUUUGAGUUUGUUUUUGUUUAAAAGACACUUGCAGCACUCCUCCUUUCCCCAUUGCCCCACAGUGGCAUAGAUAAAUUUGGCAGCUUAAGUGCUGGUGAGGAAGAGAUGUGGACUACAGCACAAGGUUAGACCUCCUCUCUCUUCUCUGUCUUCUCCACCAUGUCCCCACCCUUCCAAAAGACCCUCCAACCCACCACCAUUCUGGCACUACAAGUUAGAGCUCACCACACGACACUUCCUGUGGUCCUUUUGCUUGCUUUAUGCACCUGUACACUUUAUGAAUACUAUCUUAUCCCAGGCAGAUGCAAAUGUUUGCAGCUCAUGGGGUGAAGGAAACAUCAUCCAAAUCUCCGCAAAUGCCCCCUUGGUCCUUAACUUGUGUUUUCUACAUUUGUUAAUGUCAUCUUGAUUGCAGUCAUUUAUUUAGCUUGUUAAUAAAGUGACUGUAAGAGGAACUCUUGUGUUGAGAUGAUGUUUAGAAUGUCCGACUGGAGUGAAGGGCAUCAGUUGUUUCGCUAUAUUGGAGUGUGCACUAAAUGUCUUCACAUUGCAUACUAUUCCAUGUCCUUAAAUGCAUGAUUUAUUUAAAAUUUGAAAUCUGAAAACAUUGAAAAAUAUUCUGUACAAUAAAAUUUGUAUGCAGGUUUUCAAACUAA